AGGCCUGGCUAUUUCAGCACUUCUGACCCCAGGGAGACAGCACAGUGAGAGACACCCAGUGCUGCUGAAGAAACAAAACAACUCUGAGAGUUUUGUAAUCAUGAGAUUCUUCCUUCACAUCCUACUGUUCCGUUUUUCAUUUAUCUGCCUACCUACUCAAACCAAGCAGACCACACCUCUCCUGUAGUUGAAGGUCUCAGGAUCUGUACAUCACUGAAGAAAUUUCCAGGGAGGCUCACCAACAACUUGAAAGAUGGUGAAUGAAUAUAAGAGGAUCGUUUUGCUGAAAGGACUCAUACCCAUCAGUGAUGAUCAUUUUCGCUUAUUUAAGUCAUUGAUGUCCAGUGACUUAAGACUAGAAAGAAGCAUGCAAGAGCAGUAUACCAGGGUUCAGAUUGCUGACACAAUGGAGGAUGAAUUCCCAGAUGCUGGAUUGAGCCAACUGAUCAAGUUUUGUGAAGACUUACCAGCUCUUAGAAAACGUGCUGAUAUUCUUAGAAAAGAGAGAUCAAAAGCAAUAGGAGAAACAUCACUGGAAAUAAAUAGUCAAGAAGCAGGUCCUGCAAGAGCUACAUCAACUACAAGACACAUGAACACGUCUCUUUUACAAUCCGAAAGAGGGGAGACUUCCACAGCUCAGGCAAUGACUUCUACAGCUCAGGAGGAGUCUGCUACAGCCCAGAAAAAGAAAAAACAAAUCACAAAAACUGAAGGCGGAAAGAAAAAGAAGCUCACCGAGGAACAGGCUCAGCUUCCAGAACCUUCAGGAACUAAUAUAAAAAAAGAAGAAGAUUGUCUCCAGACUCCUCUUAAGCCUCCACCAAAACCACCCAGCAGUUUCUCAAACAAGAAACAGAAAAACACAACCGUCCAAAAUCAUGGCAUCACAAAGACAGAGGAUCCUCGGGAAAAGCAGCAGCUUGGAGAAUUUUCUUCAACAAGCAACUUUCCAGAUGAAGAACGUUCAGCGAUUGCUUCUAGCAGCAUUCAGUCUUCUCAGAAGCUUCUGGAAGCUCACUUGGAUUUAAAGAUGACUCCAAGAUCUUCACCAUCACCUUGCCAGAAUAGUUCAGUGUCUCGAGCCACAGGCUCCAGCAUUCAUCUGAACUCUAAUGUGCCUUCCAUGCUAUCCAGUGGUGCCCAGGUGAUUCCUGAACCACCAACAGCAGCAUUCAGUUAUGUCAUGGUUCCUCUUACGACUUCAGAAGCAGUAUUCCCCUCUCCCAGUGCUCCUGAAAUGUCUCCAAUAAUAGUACCCACCAGGAUCCAGUAUCUUCCCUUUCCUGUACCUGCAGCAUUCAACAGCACAGAGGCUUCUCACAGUCAAGCAAUAGCAUCCAGAAAUGCCCAAACUACUAGAGUGCCUUCAUCAACACUGACAGGCAAGGCCCAAUUCAUAAAGAUGCCUCCUCCAGCAACAGCACCUAGCAAUGCUCAGAUUCCUUCUACUGUAGCAAGCCUAUCCAGUAUCAUCUCUGUUACACAGGUACCUCAAACAACAACAUCCAGUAGCAAUCAGACUCUUAACUCUGCUACGGUAAAAGAUUCCAAGAACAUCCAGGCACCUCAAAUAUUUUUACCAACAGUACCCAAUUAUUUCCAGGCUCCUCUGCCACCUCCAUCAGCAACACACAACAGUCGUACAGCUCCUCCAGUAUCUAUGUCAAUAGCCACCAGCAGAGCCCAGACUACUCAAAUUCAUCCAGGAACAGGAUCCAUCUGUGUCCAGGCUCUUCAUGCUCCUCCAUCAACAGUGUCCAGAAGUGUGUGCUCCACUCAAUUGACACAAGGGGAAGCAUGUGUCUGCUGUCAUACUGGGAAGGACCUUUCCCUUCCUAAAGUAACAUCAUCCAGGAAUGUCCAAGCACCUCACAUGUCUUCAGCAACACAAUCCAGCAGUCUCCUAGUUCCUGAUACAACUUCAUCAACAGCAUCCAGCAGUCUUCUGGCUUCACAUGCAGCUCUACCAACAACAUGCAGCAGAUUUUCCCCUCCACACUUGUCUCAAGCAACAGCAUCUAUAACUCACAGUGCUAUUCCAGGCCCUUCAGCCACAGUACACAGCAGUAAAUCCAAGAAAACAAUGACUUUCUCUUCUAACAGUAUAAUGAGAGAGACACCAAAAAGAGGAAUUGUACCAAAGGAGCCUGCUAAGGAAGAAGGUCACCAGAAGGGUCCCAAACAAGUGAUGGUGUUGAAAGUAACAGAAACAUUUACAUAUGACAUGAAAGAAGAUAAAAGGAUGUUCCAUGCUACAGUGGCUACUGAGACCGAGUUCUUCAGAGUGAAGGUUUUUGACAUAGCUCUAAAGAGCAAGUUCAGUCCAGGAAAGAUCAUUGCCAUAUCGGAUUAUUUUGGGUGCAAUGGGUUUCUAGAGAUAUACAGAGUUUCCUGUGUGUCUGAUGUGAAUGUUAACCAAACAAUGGUUAUCUCAAAGACACUGAGGCAAAGAGCCAGUGCAACUCCAAAACUUUCUGAUCUUUUCUCACAACGUAAGGGGACAUUUGUGAAUGGAGAGUUUACAGUAUUCAAGAAAACUGAAAGAAAUGAAUUCAUUUACUAUGGAAUUGAAGAUGAGACUGGGAAAAUGGAAGUGGUGGUUUAUGGACGACUCACCAAUAUUAGUUGUGAAUCAGGCAGUAAACUUAGACUUGUCUGCUUUGAAUUGACUUCCACUGAAGAUAUGUGGCAGCUGAGAGCUGUACGGCACAGUUACAUGGAGAUGGCAAAUCAAUAUAAGAGAAUUGUUCUGCACAAAGGACUCACACCCAUCAAUGAUGAUCAUUUUCGCUUAUUUAAGUCAUUGAUGGCCAGUGAUUUAAGACUGGAGAGAAGCAUGCAAGAGCAAUACACUAGGGUUCAGAUUGCUGACAUGAUGGAAGAGGAAUUCCCAGAUGACGCAGGAUUGAGCAAACUCAUCAAGUUUUGUGAAGACUUACAAGCUCUUAGAAGACAUGCUGGAUUUCUUAAAAAAGAGAGAUCAGAAGCAAUAGGAGAAACAUCACUGGAAAUAAAUAGGCAAGAAGCAGGUCCUGCAACAGCAACAUCAACUACAAAACACAUGAACAAGUGUCUUUCACAAUUCGAAAGAGAGGAGACUUCCACAGCUCAGGCAAUGACUUCUACAGCUCAGGAGGAGUCUGCUACAGCCCAGAAAAAAAGAAAACAAAUCACAAAAACUGAAGGUGGAAAGAAAAACAAGCUCGAGGAGCAGGCUCAGCUUCCAGAAACGUCAGGAACCAAUACAAAAGGAGAUGAAGAUUGUGUCCAGACUCCUCUUAAGCCUCCACCAACACCACCCAGCAGUUCCUCAAACGAGGUUCCUGUGGCAACUCCAUCAUCAGUACCCAACAGUCUUACAGUUCCUCUAGUAUCUAUGUCAAUUGCGAUAAGCAGAGCCCAGACUACUCAAAUUCAUCCAGGAACAGGAUCCAUCUGUGUCCAGGCUCUUCAUGUUCCUCCAUCAACAGUGUCAAGAAGUGUGUGUACCACUCGAUUGACACAAGGAGCAACAUCCUGUACUGGGAAGGAGCUUUCCCUUCCUAAAGUAACAUCAUUUAGGAAUGUCCAAGCAUCCCAGGUGUGUUCAGCUACAGCAUCCAGCAGUACCCUAGUUCCAUAUGCCAUUUCAUCAACAGCUUCCAGCAGUCUCCUGGCUCCACAUGCAACUCCUUCAACAGCAACCAUCAAUCUGGCUCUACAGUUGUCUCCAGCAACAGCAUCUAGGGCUUUGCAUGCUGCUCCAUGGCUUUCAGCAACAGUACACAGCAGUCCAACCAGGACACCAAGAAGAGGAAUUGUACCAACAGAGCCUACUAAGGAAGAAGGUCACCAGAAGGGUCCCAAACAAGUGAUGGUGUUGAAAGUAACAGAAACAUUUACAUAUGACAUGAAAGAAGAUAAAAGGAUGUUUCAUGCUACAGUGGCUACUGAAACUGAAUUCUUCAGAGUGAAGGUUUUUGACACAGCUCUAAAGAGCAAGUUCAUCCCGGGAAAGAUCAUUGCCAUAUCAAAUUAUUUUGGGUGCAACGGGUUUCUGGAGAUAUACAGAGCUCCCUGUGUGUCUGAUGUGGAUGAUAACGGAACAAUGGUUAUCUCAAAGACACUGAGGCAAAGAGCAAAUGCAACUCCGAAAAUUUCUUAUCUUUUCUCACUACCUAAGGGGACAUUUGUGAAUGGAGAGUUUGUAGUAUUUAGGAAAACUGAAAGAAAUGAAUUCAUUUACUAUGGAAUUGAAGAUGAGACUGGGAAAAUGGAAGUGGUGGUUUAUGGACGACUCACCAAUAUUAGUUGUGAACCAGGCAGUAAACUUAGACUUGUCUGCUUUGAAUUGACUUCCACUGAAGAUAUGUGGCAGCUGAGAGCUGUAAGGCACAGUUACAUGCAGGUCAUCAAUGCUAGAAUGUGAAGGAAAGCCACUCAACCCAGACUCAGGAGAAUAUCUCUGGAACCAUACCCCUGAAAACUUGGAUACCAAUGAUACUGUUUGCAGAGAUGAGAUUCAAGUACAGAAAAUAAAUGUGCAUAUGGCUGUUGAAAUACAAGCCCUAUAAAAACCAGCUCUUAAUUAUAGGAAAUAGUGCUUUCUCAUGUUCUUUAUAUAUUUUCUAGUACCAAUAUUUCAUAUGUUGUCUCCAUAACUUCUAUAAUUGUUGAUUUGAAAUUUUUAUACAUAAAACUUAAAAAAAGAAUCAAA